GCUGCCGUAUUGAAAGGGAUUGGGAAAUUGAUGUGCAGUACAUCGAUGCCUGGCGACAUGAAACUCCUUAAUAGUAUUUUCCUGGCACUGCUUGUAUGGUCCAUUCACCAGGAGACAGGAGCUUUCGACUUGUCCGGCCCAAAAACCUACCAGGUUCUGAUAGGAUCUGACGUCAUCCUCAGGUGCACCUUUAAUGUGGACCAGCUUCCUGUAGACACAAAAUUUCUAGCCAUACAUUGGUUUUUCAUAGGUAAACAGGUUCUAACGUAUGACAACGUGCUAAACGUUUCUCGGCCGGGACUGUCCAUGGACCUCCAGGCUGCUCUUAUGGGGGAUGCAUCUCUGAGAAUAUCAAAGGUGAAGAUUUCAGACAAAGGUGUAUAUAAGUGUCUGGUCGUAUACAGCCCUCAGUCCAAGAUGAAGGAGAUUACUCUGGACGUACAAGCUCGUCCAUCAGUGAAAGUAGUUGCUAAAUCUGUGAGUAGAGAUGAAGAGAACAUGCUGCAUUGCUCCAUCACCGGAUUUUACCCCUUGGACAUCACCAUCACCUGGCUCUGUGGGGCUGAGGCCAUAGACACGUAUGUAACAUACAAGCCUCAUAGACAGGAGGAUGGCACGUACAGUGUGAACAGCACAGUGGUCAUAAUCCCCACCGAUGACAACUGGAAUGAGACUAUUACCUGUAAGGUCACUCACCCGUCCAUGCAGUAUCCUCUCCUGGAAACUUACCGGCUGACACUGAGAGAAGGGUCUCUGGACUUGUCUUGUGUCUCCAUCCAAAGUCUACUCAUUGGGGUCCCAAGCGCUGUCUUCCUGGUGGCCGCACUGGUGACAUGCUGGAUAUGGAGGACGCCAGUUUGUAGACCAGAGGACGAUGAUGAUGAUGAUGAUGAAGCACCCCGUCCUCCACAGAACAGACAUUCACGAUGCAGCCAAAUGUCUUGCCGAUCUACAGAAGAAGAAAUAUCUGCGUCAACAGAGAAAGAUUCUUUAAGAAUGUCACAAGACGAAAGACCUUCAUCUCCAGUGCCACCACGAUCAGGAUGUUCAAGACCUUCAUCACCAGAUCCAGGUUCUUCGUCACCUGCAGUGGAAGACCCAUUGGCUCCAUUUCUGAGAGAUGUGGUGGAACAAGGUGUUCAGCAGAGCGGCUUUUUCUCUCGCUCACCGGGUUCUGUCCGAUCUCUUAGGGUCACAUUCUCCUUGAUAAAUGAGUCGGAGAACAAUCCCGACCACCCUGACAAUACUGGUUUGAGGACAAAUGAGAACAGAUGGCGGAGACAUAGUGCUGGGAACCUACAAGAGAAUGACAGCCCUACUGGAUACCAGACGUCCAGGCCCAUGGGUGGACGUGGCACAGGACAUUUCCAGAUACCCGACAUCAAAAUUACCUCAGCGGUAAGUCUGUGCGAGGCUAUAAUGUAUAUUAUAUACGCAGCUGACAGUGAAAUUAUAAAGGGGGAUCCGGAGACAACUUCCUCCAUCUGCUGCGUCACCCAUGGUCCACGGACGUCACCAUGACUGGGGCACAGGUGGUCUUAGCAUUGCAUCACAAGGAGCAGAGAGAGGGGAGUGCACAGCAGGUGGUCCUCCAGGACGAGUGACCGCUCCGCAGACACGGAGACAACCUCCCUGCUCCUCUCCUAUUAUCAGUCUGUAGAUGUGUCUUGAAGGGUUCUCUACUCGCUGACCCAGAGCAUGGAGACCCUUCAAAUCAAAAGUAAAAUAUGUCACUGACCCCAAACCUGAUGGUUUUCUAAUCUUUGUGCAGGCGGAGGAGCCGCAUCAAAACCUGAAGAAUGACUUUCCUCACAAUCCGUGUGAGGAUUUAUAAAUUAUCAUUUCCUCGGACUCCUAAUACUAGU